AUGUCGUGGGUACCCUCUGUAUAUAUUAGCACAAGUCAAGUCAGUGUAUCCAGGAGUAGUAAUAUUGGUCAGCCAUCUAGUUCAAUCGCGUCAUCACCACGAACCACUUUUUUUGCCGCACCUGCUCGCUCUUCGAAAAUUGCUGUUCCAUCAAGUUAUGUUGCAUCCACAACUACUCCAGCUAUCGAAGCCACUACUCCGAACAAUAUGUUUCAAGUGAAUUUCUGGCAUGAAAUCGACAAUAAAAAGAAGUCAAGCGGAAAUCUGUGGUACAUGCAAAUCGAAAAAUUGGACCAAAAUAUCACAAGUCAUGAUCCUCUUUCAGAUCCCAUCCCAUAUCCUGAAGGAAGUUUCGCUUUUCCCCCUAAAGCCGCUGGAGCUGGUUGCUACUAUAAGGGGGGUCGAUCGGCUGUGGAUGAUGUAUUCUGUCCAGACAAGCCGACCGUUUCCUGUCAAGGAAAUGUGGGUGAAGCACCAAUCGUCUGUGAUGGCAAUACUAGUAUUUGCCCUAUGGUUCUUUGCGGCUUAGAAGGCUAG